AUGUCGGAGGAGAAGGAGGAAUCUUCGCAAUGUGCCAAAGAAACAGGGGUAACCGAGACAGUCCCGACGAAGAAAUUAUCUUUACAGGAACGACUUGCCAUAGCUGCACAAAAGAAAGCCAGUGAUAGUAAUAAAAAGAAAAACAAGAAAAAGCAAGAAGAUACCAUGAAAGAAGGGCAUGGAAUUGGUGAAAAAGCUCAAGCCGAAGAGUGUGCCUACCUAGAUAAAGUUGUCCAACUUAUAGAUGAUUCAACGAAACGUGAUGACAUACUCGAGGCUGUUAAACGGUAUGUCUCUGCCAAAAAUGAGAGGUUAGAGUCAAAGAUAGUUAUUCUAGAAAGUGAGUUAAAAAAAGUAAAAACUAAAACCACACUUGCAAAUAAAACGUCUGAUGAUGGCUUACUAAAAAAAUUAAAGGAAAAGGAGGAUCAAAUACACGAUUUGCUGGAUGAAGGGGCAAAGCUGUCUAAGAAGGAAUUGGCUCUUAGUCAGACAAUCAAAAGGCUGAAAUCACGUGAAACUGAACUAGAGAGCGAUUUGAGUCGCCUAGAAAGUACAAUUGAAGAGUUGAAUGCCAAAAUCGAUGGAAUGGAAAAAUCACUUGAUAUGUGUGAUGUAAACGAGCGUCAGUUAGCCGAGGAGAGACUUAGGGUUGAGUCGCUACAAGCAAAAUAUGAAGCAAUACUAAAGGCCAAUGAUGGAUUGACUGAUGAAUUAAAGGAAAUAAAGUUUAGCAAUUUAGACGGAAAACUUAAAAACAUUCAAAAGGAAUUAGAUGAAGAGCGCCAAGAAAAUGAACAAUUAAAUGAAGAUUAUAAAAAACUAAACUUACUUCAUCAAGAGCUGAAGAAGGAAAAUGAGGAAACUAUAUCAAACCUUCAGAAGGAACUGAAGUCACAAAGGGCGAUCAAUAUUGAGAGAGAAGCAGAAAUCAAAAGAUUGGAAGAAAAAGUUGAAGAACUAAGAUAUCAUACGGAAACCACUAUAUCUAAUAAAAGUAGUGAUUCAAGUAUUGAGCUUUUGCAGACACAGUAUGAUCAAGCACAGGAAAACUGGAAACUCAUCGAGAGUACUUAUUUGAGGAAUAUCAGCAAGUUGGAGACACGCAUUGAUGAGCUACAAAUUGAUAAUGUAACGUAUUCAAAAAAAAUUAAAGUAUUAACUAAUGAUUUAAAGCAAAAGAACAGCGAAAUUAAAGAAUUACAAGAGACAAACUUAUCACUUUUAGAUGAAUUGAAAAACUCAAAGAAACAGAACGAUAAACUGAAAAGUGAGAUUGAAGAUCUUACUCAACGUCUGAACCAAGCAAUUGUUGAUUGCAAAAACGAGAAGGAAUCGCUUGUGAAGAAAAUUGAGAAGUUACAAGAAGAAUCGGCCAAUUUAGAGUCAACGUUAAAGCUAAGAAUGAAUGAGUUUAAUUCAUCAACCUCAAAUAUUCCACAGAAUUCAUUCUACCUCCAAGAUUUAUCUUCGGCAAGCUCACUCAACUUUAAAAAUGCAAGCUCACAUUCUCCGUCCAUUGGGACCCCAUUGGGAAGACAAUUUUCAAAUAAAAGGUUAUCUUUGCAAUUUGGAGAAGGUGCACUAGCUCCUCGACUACCAUCAAGCAGUUCCGCAUUUACAUUGAACAAACUGAACAAUAUAGGUUCCUUGUCUGCUCAAGAUAAAAUUUUAAGACACCAGAAUUCAAUUAUUAGCAUGGAUAGCAACGAUGCACCGUUGGGAAUAAAUACAAGUGCAAGAUCUAUAUCUGAAGGGCUUCCUGAAUUCACGGUUGAAGAAGAAGAUCCGGAUGAGAUUGGAAUGGAUGCUACAAGUGACAGGUAUACCGUUGGGGAAGGCGUGGACACACCAAUACUUAACAAUUCAAAUGAAGGGGUUGGUGUAAAUGUGCAACUAAUCAAGAAGCUCGGUGAUCAUGCUAGGAUGCUUGAACUUGAGGUUUCCACUUUGAAAGACGAGACAUUGGCAUUAGAGAAGGAGAAGGAGUGUGCAAGUGCUGAAAUUGGACGAUUAAUUGAGGAGAAUAGCAAGGUUAACGAGCUGAAACAUGAGAUUGAACUGAGAGAUAGUGAGGUCAGGAAGAUUGAUGACAAUUACCAACGUGUACUUGUGCUAUUAGGUGAAAAGGAGGAGAGAUUGGGAGAGUUGAACGAGGACAUUGAGGACUUGAAAGUGAUUCUACGUGAACAAGUCCAACAAAUGGUGGAGAUGCAAGAAAAGAUCAAUGAGUUAUCAAAACAGUAA